AUGGCGGAAAAUGAAUACAAGGCUGCAGUGGAGACCAAGCAAGUUAUUGAGGCAGAAAUUGAGGCUAUCGUUGCAGAAUUAAGUUCGGACAUUGAUGUCUAUCGUGUGCGUCAGCUGCGGCAUCAAUUAGCACUCAAACAAACAGAUCACCGUAUUGUUAUGAAUGAAAUUGAAAAGCUGCUUCCAAGAGUGUUUGAGGCUCGAAGUGGAAAUAAACAGCAGCAAAUUAAAACGGCAGGAAUUGAUCUAACUGAUAGCAUGAAGAAGCUUGAAACCGAGUGGAAAGUGACACUGAAUCAGGUGAAGCAAGAAGAGGAAGAUUUGCUUUCUUUUGCGGUAGUGGAAAGUGUUCAACGAGGGUCUCCAGCUGAUAUAGCGGGACUGCAAGCUCAAGAUGAGUUGUUGCGUUUUGGAUCGGCUGACGCCAGCAACCACAGAGAAUUAGCAGCAAUUAAGGACAUUGUGCAGCGCAACAUUAAUCGUCAAAUUCGAGUGCUCGUGCGCAGAAAGUCGGAGGUUUUGGUGGUGGAAUUAACUCCGCAAGCAUGGCAGGGAUCUGGUGUAUUAGGAUGUUUAUUGCAGCCAAUGUAA